AUGUCUGCUCCAGAAGGUCAACAAAGAAGAGGUGGUUUCGGUGGUAGAAACAGAGGUCGUGGUGACAGAAGAGGUGGUAGAAACGCCGAAGAAAAGGGAUGGGUUCCAGUUACUAAGCUAGGUAGACUAGUAAAGGCUGGUAAGAUCUCUUCCAUUGAAGAAAUCUUCCUACACUCUCUACCAGUCAAGGAAUUCCAAAUCAUUGACACUUUGCUACCAAACCUACAAGAUGAAGUCAUGAACAUCAAGCCAGUUCAAAAGCAAACCAGAGCCGGUCAAAGAACCAGAUUUAAGGCUGUCGUUGUUGUCGGUGACGCCAACGGUCACGUUGGUCUAGGUAUCAAGACUGCUAAGGAAGUUGCUGGUGCCAUCAGAGCUGGUAUCAUCAUUGCCAAGCUAUCUGUUAUUCCAAUCAGAAGAGGUUACUGGGGUAACAACUUGGGUCAACCACAUUCUCUAUCUACCAAGACUACUGGUAAGUGUGGUUCCGUUACUGUUAGAUUAAUUCCAGCUCCAAGAGGUUCCGGUAUCGUCGCUUCCCCAGCUGUCAAGAAGCUAAUGCAACUAGCUGGUGUUGAAGAUGUCUACACUCAAUCCAACGGUAAGACCAGAACUCUAGAAAACACCUUGAAGGCUGCUUUCGUUGCUAUUGGUAACACCUACGGUUUCUUAACUCCAAACCUAUGGGCUGAACAACCAUUACCAAUCUCCCCAAUGGACAUUUACGCUGAUGAAACUAAUGUCCAAAAGAAGAGAUACUAA